GCGCGCGAGAGGGAGUGUCCGAGACUUCAGCGCGCGCAUGCAGUGCAUUCAGCCUCACACAUCGCUCGGAUCCACUCGCAUUCACGAGAACAUCCACAGAGAAGAUGCUGUUUUUGAGGAAUCUCUGCUGUUUUCUGCUCUGCUGUGUGUUUGAGGUGAGCGUUGCGCGCAGGACUGAAGAAGCGGAGAGUUUGGAGAAGAUGGAGAGCGCGCGCUGCGUGUCCCGCUGCCUGACGCUGCACAUCACGCAGAUCACCGCGGCCUUUAGACACCUGCAGAAUGACCACGUGUUGGGCUGGUGUGAGAACCACAGGAGAUGUUCACAGUGCUUACAACCAUGCAAGGAAUUAUGGGAAACAAGACGAGCCCUGUCUCCCAAGACCUGUGAGAAGCAUAAUGAGUGUGUGACGAGCGCUGAGUUCCUGAGGUCGCUACGUGUACAGAAACAGGGCGACUGUCCUCCAGCGCAGCGGGCCUCAGGCUUUGCUGCAGCCUGUGUGGAGAGCUGCGUGCGGGACCGAGAGUGCUCGGGGCUUAAGAAGUGCUGCUCAAAUGGAUGUGGACACACCUGCCAGUCUCCAGCCAACCUGUUCAAAGGGGUCCCGCUGAAGCCAAGAAGAGACAUUUCCUUUUCAGAGGACCAGCAGGGACAUCUGAAGGUGACAUGGAUGUCUAAGUUUAACGUCUCCGUCGAACCGGUGCUUUAUGUCCUGCAGAGGAGGUGGAAUCAUGGGAUUCACCCCAGUGAGGACGAAGCGUCGGCCUGGCAGACAGUUCUCAUGACCAUGGAGGACCGCUCGGUGUUGAAGGACAUCCGGCCCCAUAGGUGGUACCAGUUUCGAGUGAGCGCCGUCAACAGUCAGGGCACGAGGGGCUUCACCACUCCCAGCAAGCAUUUCUUCUCUGUGCGAGAUCCGCUUCCCCCAGAGACCCCACAGAACGCCAGGACGGGCAACCAGACGCUUCACCCUGACGGCACAGUGAGUGUUCUGGUCCUGUGGGAGACCCCCAGUGAGAGCGACCUGGUGGUCCACCAUUACAAGGUGACCUGGAGCCCUCGAGGAACACCCUCCAGCAGCCAGAGCCGGGCGGGAAGGGUCACAGACGGGGAUGUAACAGAGAUGGAGCUUCAGGGUCUCCAGCCCAACACCCCCUACACCGCUCAGAUUCAGGCCAUCUCUUACUGGGGUCAGAAUCGGCUGAAGAGCAGCCGAGCUCACGUGUCCUUCACCACCACCAGCCAAAACUCUGCAACGUUCUCCAAUGGAGAGUUCUCCAAUGAGCUUCCCAUUUCCCACUCGUCUCCAAGUGUCCUGAGGCUGGAAGCGGCCGCACCUCAUUAUCACGACAACCAGCUGCAGGUCAAGGUCUUCUGGAAGAGCCGAGUCCAAGAAAGCCAGAAGGACUCCAGUUCAUAUAUUUUGAGAUGGUAUCCUGAAGUUUGUUCCCAUAAUGUGACGAAAGAUGAGAAAACGGCGACAGUUCAGGGAACACAUUUUGUUAUUACUGGCCUGCUUUUUGCCUGUAAGUACCGUGUGGCAGUGAAGCCCAUUACAGAGCAGAGGUCAGAGGUCACGACUUCGGUUACCACCCCACUUUGUUUAUCGCUGAUGGGGAGACGGAAAAAACCUGCUGCCUGUGCCAGAGAGGAGCGCCACCCUCAGUUGAAGAAAACCCUUCGGAGGCCUGAGAAGCUGGCAGUGUUGUUUCAGCCGGUCAACGGCUCCCUGCAGGCACUUUUCAGCUGGCAGGUUUCACCCGAGAGCUCCGGUCAGACACCAGGCACUGGAUUCCAGUUCUCCUGGGUCAAAGUGUCCAGUGGCAGCAGCAGCAACGGCUCACUGAUCUCACAAACACAUGUCCUGCCACCGGAUCAGAUGUCUCUCACUGUAGAUGCGCUUCAGCCGUCAAGUGUGUACAGAGUUCAGGUGCAGGUUCUGUCUGAAGCGGGAAAUGGACCGUCAGUGGCCAAAACCCUCCAUACUCCUGCUUUAAACACCACCAUCCACUGAGAUGGAUGAAAGAUGUGAGGAACAGUGAUAAUAUGCUCAUGAUGUUUCUAAUUUCAACGAAUUCUAAAUCUCCUAAAUGACUAUGAUGAAAGCGCUCUUCAUCCUGUCUGUUCUCUGUUGUGAUCGAGACGGUGUGACGGGAUAAGGCCACGCCCACCAGACCCACUGAUCACUGAAGAUAAUGACAGUGUACUGUAACAUAUGAACAUUGAAUAUCCAGACCAUGUUUUCUUAUGUACAAAUGUGUAGCACUGAUGUAUGUAGUAGUUGCAUAGUUAUGUGUCGUGUUACUUUCUUGACAUUUAUGUUUGUACUCAAUGGGCCUCAUUUAUGAAACACAAGCAGUAUGAAUUUCUGUCUCAAUUGAUUUGUAGUCAUUUUAUGCUCAUGUUUCAUUAAUAAAGACUGUAUUUUUAUAUAAUAACUGUAAUAAUUAUAUACAGUCAAAGUAAAAAUUAUUAGCCCUGCAGUGGGCUUUUUUUCAGAAUAUUUACUAAAUUAUGUUUAACGGAGCAAGGAAUUUUUCACAGUAUUACCUAUAUAUUUUUUUUCUUUUGGAGAAAGUCUUAUUCGUUUUAAUUGGGCUAGAAUAAAAGUCAAAGUUUUUAAUUCUUUUAAACCCAUAUUAGUAUUAUUAGCCCCCUUAAGGGAUAUUUACUUUGGAUUGUCUACAGAACAAACAACUGUUAUAUAAUGACUUGCCUAAUUACCCUAACUUGCCUAAUUCACAUAGUUAAGCCUUUAAAUGUCACCUUAAGCUGAACACUAGUAUCUUGAAAAAUAUCUAGUCAAAUAUUAUUCACUGUCAUCAUGGCAAAGAUAAAAGAAAAUUAGUUAUUAGAAAUUAGUUAAUAAAACUAUUAUGUUUAGAAAUGUGUUGGAAAAAAUCUGUUAAACAGGAAUUAGGGAAAAAUAUAUACAGGGGGGCAAAAUUAUUAGCUCUCCUGUGAAAUUUUAAUUAUUUAAAAAAAAAAUUGUGUUGAUUUACAGAAAGAAGAUUUUGUUCAACACAUUUUUUAACAUAUUAGUUUUACUAACAAAUUUUUAAUAACUGGUAUCUUUUGUCUUUGCCAUGGUGACAGUAAUACUAUACUAUUUUUCUACUUAUUUUGCAAGAUAGUAUUGAGCUUAAAGAAUAAUUUAAAGGCUUAACUAAGAUAAAGUAAAAUUGUUUUUCAAAGAAUUAAAACUGCUUUUAUUCCAGCCAAACUAAAAGAAAUAAGACUUUCUCCAGAAGUAAAAAAAAAUAUUACACUGUAAAAAGUUAUUAAUAGGGCCAGACAUUUUUUGCUAAAUAGUUUUGUAAAAAAAAAAAAAUAUGCAGAUUUAUGCUGAAUGAUUUUGGAAGUGUCGUAACUAAAAACUGAAUAUAUGUCAUUAAACAAUAAUACUUUUUUACAUUAAUGUAUACAAUGCAAAUCCAAUUAGAUCCACUUCUUUGGUAAACUCUUUCGGCAAGAUACACUGCAUGUUUUGGAUGUCUCCUUUGUCUGUUACACCAGUUACAGUUCUUUUAGUCUCUGCUAAUGAGAUGUUGAGAAUUGGUGUGCAGGGCUUGUGGUCCUCCAGGAACAUGGUUGAGAAACACUGUACUAAACGACACAAAAAAUUACAAUAUUUUUGUAUUGUAAAUAAAUCACAUAAAUAUUUUCAUAUUAGUAAAUAAUAUUACUGAAAUGAGUUCAAAACUGAAUAAAUCUAUAUUUACACACAUUUACACAAGUAAAUAAAUAAACUAAACGACGGGCUACAAAUCUGUGGAUUUCUGCACACGCAGAUUUCGUGUAGGCCUAGCAAUUUUUUUUACUUUACUUUAAAAAAAGUAAGAAAACUCAAUGCCUUAAAAGCAACAAAUUGUUUUUACAUUAAAAAGUGUUUAAAUCUAUUGUAACUUGGAAUUAUUGAGUUGACUUAAUUUAAUUUUCAUGAUUAUGCACAUAGUUUAUUUACUUAAUCAUUUUAAGGCAACAGGUUUACUCAAAAUUUUAAGUAAAGUCAACUUUAAAAGCAAUGGGUUUACUAAUUUUUGAGGUUUUAAGGGAAGGUAAAGCAAUCGCUUUUUACAGUGUAUAGGAAAUAAUUGGAAAAAAUCCUUGAUAUGUUAAACAUCUCUUGGAAAAUAGUUGAAAAGCAUUAAAACUUUCACAGGGGAGUGAAUCAUUUUGACUUUAUAUAUAUGCUUUGUUAUAUUAUAUAAAACUAUAUGUGGUUUUUAUUAAACACUUAAUGUAAAUAUUACUUUUACUACAUCUCUAAACAGUUUUUUUUUUUUAAAUAAAUCUGGUUGGCACGGGGUGAUCUGAAAAUGGCCAUUUUUGAACAACAGCAUGUCUGAUUUUAUUAAGGUGAAUGUAAUUCAUUAAUCUGGAGCAGAAGGAGUUUAAUGCUAAACUUUCUAUGAGCAAUAGUGAGAAAUGUCAGUGCCUUAUACUGUAUCAGUUAUAUCAGGCUAGAUGGGACUGCUGGGGAAAUUGCUGCUUUAACAGGCCAAUGUUUUCAGACAUAAAUGCUUUUGAAAGAUGUAUGAUUGUACAAUAAAGCUUGUGCUUUUGUGCUUUGUAAAUAUUGAAUUUGAUGUAUUAUCUGUGGUUUGUCAUUGCUAAUAAACUAAAAAGCUCCA